CGGAUCGUCGUGACAAAAAAAGUAGACAGGUAUGUCUGUAGUAUAACAGUUUUGAACGAUAUCGCGCAUAUACCCACUCUCCGCCACAAUACCAUCUGCCAAGCACUGUAUUUAGUAUUAGACGUCUCAGAUUUUGCUGUUUUUAGUGUUUUUGUUUUAUGCUUAGUUUUCUACGUUUACUUUGUCUCGCGGUCUUUUAUGAUUUCACGAUAAAUCAAACAUUAGGUUAGAGAGAAACCGAAACCAACGCGGUGUUUAAUAAAAUUAGUAAUUACAGACUACAGUCGGGACUAUUCUUCCGUAUCACAGACAAUUCUAAAAUAAUAAACACAGACUAUUCAUCCAAAGUUCAAAUUUCCAUUUCAAUCCACACAAGAAGAAGUUAAUACUAUCAAUAUCAAUAUGUCAUUCUAUUCGGAUUCUGAUAAUAUUGUUCCCGAUCAAUGUGCAUGCUGUCUUCAGAAUGUAUUUUAUGAAUUAAUGCAAUGUCAUAGUUGUAAAAAGAAAUAUCAUGAUCAUUGCCAUAUGCCUAUGCUUCCUGAAUAUCCUACUAGUCCUCAUUGGUCAUGUACCAUGUGCAAUGAUCGUGAAUUUUUCGAUGCUUUGAAACUUAUGAGGUCAACCAAUCUUGGUGUUUCAAAUGGUGAACCUGGACGUACAGUUAUUGAGCAUAUAAUAAUGACACUGUCCAGUAAAAAUGAUAAUAUUCAUUUUAGAGAAUAUCCUAGUAUGAAAACUUUCCCAAAAUUUUUCGAUACUAUUUCCAAUCCAAUACAUAUAGCUAUUAUCAACAAUCGUUUAGAAUCGAAUUUACAUUAUAUAACAAUCGAUCAAGUUAUUGAUGAUUUAAGAAAAGUGUUUACAGAUAGUUUGAAGUUUUAUGAUAAGACUCAUAGAUUUUAUGGUUAUGCCAGAAACCUUCUAGAUUUGUUGGAAAGAAUGGUCUCCAAAUGGAUACCAGAACUCGAGACUAAAAUAUCGGAAUCGAGUUCUUAAAUAGCAUUGAAAACACAAUCCUGAUUGUAUCGGUAUUUUAAUUUUUGAUUAAUUACCUAUUAUAUAAAAUGAAUCUUAAUA